UGUCUGGGGUGCUGCAGUAGGGAGCUGCCCAGUGCUAAGGUGGAGAACCCACCAGCAGCUCUGGAGAACUGCCCAGGAUGUGGCAGUUCUAAGGAUGGUUGUUCAUUAAUCUGGGGUUGAAGGCCAGUCCACCACUGUCCCUGCUCACUAGACUAGUUGGGGCUGACGUUGCUGAGGCAUCUGCCAAAGGCCCAGGCUGGAGGACCAACUUCCCAGCCACAGCCUCUGUGCUCUGAGGAGGCCCUAGUAGGUCACUCGUGGAGGAGAGAAGUGGGGGCCUGGGACAAGAGUCUGGCCAUUUGACUUGAGCCUGGGCCCAGCACAUCAGUUGUUGUUCGGUAGCUCAGUCGUGUCCAACUCUUUGCGACCCCAUGGACUGCAGCAUGCCCGACUUCCCUGUCCUGCACCAUUUCCCGGAACUUGCUCACACUCACGUCCAUUGGGUAAGGAUCAUGUUCCUGUUUUCAUCACUUCCUGUCCUCCUGUGUGUGGUGACAGUAACCUUCUCAAAUGCAAAAGUGGGUGAGGAUGCUCAGAAGACCUGUCCAGUGGUAGCCUGUGCCAUCCCAGUCACUAACGGCACCCCAGGAAGAGACGGGCGAGAUGGAUCCAAGGGAGAAAAGGGAGAACCAGGGCAAGGGCUCAGAGGCUCACAGGGCCCUCCAGGGAAAAUGGGGCCUCCAGGAAAUAUAGGGAAUCCUGGGCUUCCAGGACCCAGGGGCCACAAAGGAGAUCGUGGAGAUAGCUCGGUUGCCGAGGCUAAGCUGGCUAGCUUGGAGGGACAGAUAAGGAACCUGCAAUCAGAACUGGAUCGUGUUAAAAAGUUGCAAACCUUCUCCUUGGGCAAGAAGUCUGGGAAGAAGCUGUACGUGACCAAUGGUGAAAAGAUGCCUUUUUCCAGCGUGAAGGCUCUGUGCACAGCACUUGGGGCGACUGUGGCCACACCCAAGAAUGCAGAGGAGAACAAAGCCAUCCAGGACAUGGCCCCAGAUACUGCCUUCCUGGGCAUCACAGAUGAGGCGACCGAAGGGCAGUUUAUGUAUGUAACCGGAGGAAGGCUAGGCUACAGCAACUGGAAGAAGGAUGAACCCAAUGACCAUGGCUCAGGGGAGGACUGUGUGCUCCUCUUACGAGACGGGCUCUGGAAUGACAUCUCCUGUUCUUCUUCCUUCUUGGCCAUCUGUGAAUUUCCAGCCUGAAGAGGCAAGUUCCUCUGCUCCCUCAGUGACUCCCUGCUGACCUCUCUGCUGCUCUGGAAGAGAAUUCAGUGCUUAUUUUCCCA